UAAUAGGUUUCAUUUCAGCAGGUCCCGACUAUACUUUUUACUUCCCAUUCUUUCAGACAAUACUAUUAUUUGUAUCUUAGUUAAUCCUUUCAAUAUUUAUCUUGCUAUUGUAACGUAUAUGUGUGUUGCUGGUCACUCAGGUGUAGAAUCGGGCAUUACUAUCAAUGUGUCGCGUAUGCCUUAGAAUGCUGGGUUCAUGUGUCCACUCAACUAGUAACAAUCAUGAAUAGUAUGCAACGACUGGAGUCCAUCUUUAGAAGACAACUAUAUACAUCUUAGUCAUUUUAAAAAUUAAAUUUGUUCUAAAUCAAGACAAAAGAAAAAGUAAAGUACCCAAAGCAAGAUGGCUGAUAUAGAACAUGAGUCCAGUCUUGACCUGGGCAAUGUAAUAAAACAUGAGAAGAAAGAAAGUCUUAAUGAAAUAUGUUUGAUAAAACAGUCAUGUGAACUACAAGACAUGAAAUUGUCACAUAUAAAAAUUGAAAAGACUGAAGGAGAUGAAGUAACUUCUUCUAUGCAGCCAUUUGAAAACUACUGCCAUGGUCAAAUUUAUAAUGUAAUCCCGGGACAUCAGGCAGAUGUUCUAAAGCAGGAGAUAAAAAUGUCUUGUACUACUGAAAGUGAUGACCCAUUGUCCUUAUCAUCAAGACUACUGGCUAUGUCAAAGAAGGCAGACAGAAACUUUUAUCCAGUGCCCAUCAUUUUGCCAAACUUAAAACUGACUGGACACAUACCUCUUUCAGAACUGCCAUUGAGUGAGAUAAAAAACAUGAGGCAAGAAGAAGAAAUGACUUCAACAAAUGUAUUUCUAAAUGCAAUGCAUGAUCAUAUGGAACCAAGCCUAUCCAAUGAAAUUGUUUCAGAUAAGAUCAAGAAAUCUACUUGCACAAAUAAUCAUCAAAUAAAUAAACUUUUCACUUGCCAAAUUUGUCAAAAAAGGUUUUCUAGCUCUAAAAUAUUACAAAAUCAUGAGUUGAUUCAUGCUGGUGAAAAAACAAGUAAAUGUCAAAUAUGUCACAAAGAUUUUUCUUCAUCUAGUUAUUUGAAACAACACCUACUGAUUCAUACUGGUGAACAACCAUUUAAAUGUGACACUUGUGGAAAAGGAUUAUCUUAUUUUUCAUCUUUGAAACAACAUCUACUAGUUCAUACUGGUGAAAAACCAUUUAAAUGUCAAAUAUGUCAGAAAGGAUUUUCUAGGUCUAGUCAUUGUAAACAACACCUACUGGUUCAUACUGGUGAAAAACCAUUUAAAUGUCAAAUAUGUCAGAAAGGUUUUUCUACCUCUUUUAAUCUGAAAGCACACCAACCAGUUCAUACUGGUGAAAAACCAUUUAAAUGUCAAAUAUGUCAGAAAGGUUUUUCUACCUCUUCUCAUCUGAAAGCACACCAACCAGUUCAUACUGAUGAAAAACCAUUUAAAUGUCAAAUAUGUCUGAAAGGUUUUUCUAACUCUACUAAGUUGAAACAACACCUACUGAAUCAUGCUGGUGAAAAACCAUUUAAUUGUCAAAUAUGUCAGAAAGGAUUUUCUAGGUCUACUCAUUUUAAACAACAUCAACUUGUUCAUACUGGUAAAAAAACAUUUAAAUGUCAAAUAUGUCAGAAAGGUUUUUCUACCUCUUCUUAUCUGAAAGCACACCAACCAGUUCAUACUGGUGAAAAAACAUUUAAAUGUCAAAUAUGUCAGAAAGGUUUUUCUACCUCUUCUCAUCUGAAAGCACACCAACCAUUUCAUACUGGUGAAAAACCAUUUAAAUGUCAAAUAUGUCAAAAAGGAUUUUCUUACACUAGUAAUAUGAAACAACACCUACUGAUUCAUACUGGUGAACAACCAUUUAAAUGUGCCACAUGUGGAAAAGGAUUAUAUAAUUUCUCAUUAUUGAAACAACAUCUACUAGUUCAUACUGGUGAAAAACCAUUUAAAUGUCAAAUAUGUAAGAAAGGUUUUUUUAUGUCUCGUUAUUUCAAACAACACCAACUGGUUCAUACUGGUGAAAAACCAUUUAAAUGUCAAAUAUGUCAGAAAGGUUUUUCUACCUUUUCUAAUUUGAAAGCACACCAACCAGUUCAUACUGAUGAAAAACCAUUUAAAUGUCAAAUAUGUCAAAAAGGAUUUCCUAACUCUACUCAGUUGAAAAAACACCAACUAACUCAUACUGGUGAAAAACCAUUUAAAUGUCAAAUAUGUCAGAACGGAUUUUCUAGGUCUAGUAGUUUGAAACGACACCAACUUGUUCAUACUAGCGAAAAACCAUUUGAAUGUCAAAUAUGUCAGAAAGGAUUUUCUAGGUAUAGUUAUUUGAAAGAACACCAACUGAUUCAUACUGGUGAACAACCAUUUAAAUGUCAAAUAUGUCAGAACGGAUUUUCUAGAUCUAGUAGUUUGACACGACACCUACUUGUUCAUACUCGUGAAAAAAACAUUGAAAUCAGUGGUUCACAAACUUUUUUGUCUCAUAGACCCCCUGUCAUGUUUUCUAGUUUUUGGUAGACCCCCUGUUAACUUAGAAGUUUUUGCAAAUUCAUCAACAUUUUUAAAAAGUAAUUACUAUUUGUAGUAAGCUGAGAAGUGAAAAAGUAAUUUAAAGCUACAUAUUAAGUUAUAGAGAUCUAUCAUUUUUAUUGACGAAAUUCAAAUUUAAACUAAUUAAAAUAAAAAUUAAUUAUAAUCAUUGCUGGAAAUGUUGUUGAUUGUUCUUUGCAGGUUUAUUAUCCAUACAAAUGAUAUUAUAUUUCAUAUAGGAAUUUGUUGUUCUAUGAAGUAGUUAUUCAAACAUUAAAUAUUUAUUAAUUUGCCUAA